AAUUAAAACCUCGUGUUUGAAGCUUUAACUCUUUCAAUAACCUCGGUGGGGCUUUUCUGAUAUGAGUCUAUUUCCGGUGCUGUAUCGGUCUUUCCCUCAUCGUGCGCUCCGCUCUCAGGUGUCAGUCUCUCUCGUUCUGGUCUCCGGGGUCUCCUGACUCCUCCUCAUUCUGUAGGACUCUGACGCACCCCCCAGGACUCUGUGUGACAUGUGGAGCAGGUUUAGUCCUCUUGACUGAUCAUGGAGCCUCCGGACUUUGAGGCUCUGAACUACACGGUGGACCCGGGUCCGCCGGGGUACCCUCUGUGUGAGGCGUGGAGGGAGGGAGCGGAGGGCUCCGUCUUCCACCUCUCCAACAUCCUCCUCUUCCUCGGCUUCAUGGGGGGCAGCGGGUUUUACGGAGUCCUAUACCUGUUCAGCUUCCUGACCGCGGGCUUCUUCUGCCUCACGUUGUGGUCUUGGUCGGACUCCUGCACCACGGACUCGUUCCUGUGGAGCUUCGCGCUGUUCGGGGUGUGUUUGGGUCAGCUGCUAUACGGGUCCUACCGGCUCAGGAGCGUCUCAUUCGAGAAGGACUUCCAGGACCUGUACUCCUGCAUGUUUAAGAAGCUCGGGGUGUCGCUCACACACUUCGGGAAGAUCGUGGCCUGCUGUGAGGGAGACAUCCAGACUCUGGAGAGGGACCACUGCUUCGCCGUGGAGGGGAAGACCGCCAUAGACAAGCUGUGCGUGCUGCUGUCAGGCAGGAUCCGUGUGACGGUAAAUGGAGAGUUUCUUCAUUACAUCUACCCGUUCCAGUUCCUGGACUCACCUGAGUGGGAUUCUCUCAGACCGUCAGAGGAAGGAGUGUUCCAGGUGACCCUUCGAGCUGAUAACCCCUGCAGGUACGUAGCAUGGAGGAGGAAGAAACUCUACCUGCUGUUUGCCAAACAUCGCUACAUUGCAAAGAUCUUUGCACUGGUGGUGCGUAACGACAUCGCAGAGAAGCUGUACUCUCUGAACGACAAAGCCUUCGACAGCUCCGGGCACCGCUACGACCUCCGCCUACCCAGCUACUGCCACACACCCGGGACAGAGCCCGAGAGGACAGACGGGUUCCUGCAAGUGCCCACGCAGGGAGGGAGGAUGGCCUGAACACACACACACACACACACACACACACACACACACACACACACACACACACACACACACACACACACGCACGAUGCUCUAGUAAUUGUUGUUUUAUCUGUACCAUGUGUUAAAUAAAUCUGUCACUGAAGAUACAGACUGGGUAUCAGGACGUGUCAGACAAACAUGGUUUCUAUCACAGACGAUGUCCUGUGUGUUAACAGAACUCCUCUUCAGCACUUAAACCUCAGCCUGAGUAAAACCUGCUGUGAUUGGCUGAAAUCUGUCUGUCCAAUAAAAAACAAUCUCUUCUGGUUGAGAUGAAAUUACAAGUUUAAAUGACGUCUUUCUACAUAACUGUGAAUUCAAUCUGCUUUUCUACUCCUGUCAGUCUGCAUCUUCAGUGUCAGUCGCUCUCAGAGGAGCAGUGAAGGUGUACAGUGUGUGUGUGUGUGUGUGUGUGUGCGUGUGCGUGUGUGUUUUAGGCUCAUGACAUUGAUUGUGCUCUUAAACUCUCUUUAUAAACUAUGAAAGUUUGCUUUAUUAAACCUUCCUCCUCUGAUGUACUUGGACGUGAUAAACGUAGAAACAGGCCGCAGCAGAUGUCUUAUGUAAUGUGCAAUAAUGAGGUGACAGAUAGUUAGAGCCUCUCGUCAACGUCACAUUGUGCAAAUGUAAAAUGUAAAUGUAAAUAAUCUAAAGUGUCCACAUUAUUCUGUAAAAUAAAUGUUAAUUUAUUUUA